AUGGAGAUGGCCUCCACUUGUAGCAUCGAUCGGGUCUUACGUGAUCUAGAGUUGCUGCUCCUGAACAUCGUCCGAAGCAGUGCUAGUCCAGAGUUGCACCUAAACAGCUUCUGGCAUGCUUCUUACCGUGGUCGUGUUGGUGGUGCAAUCAAACGCCUGAAAUUUCUCAAAACAUUUCUUAUGUGUGCAAGAAAGCGGAGCCAAAGCAAUGAUUUGUACUUGCAAUCUGACGAUGUAGCGAAGAAGGUGAGUCUUCCAUCUUUCUUAUCUUGCGUUGAAGAUACCUUUCACAGAUACGAGGAGGACAUUCACUCUCUUUCCCUUAGAUCAAAAACGGAUAUAAAAUUACAUAAGCAAGAAAUUGAGAAACAGAUCAAAUUAUUUGAGCAAGAAAUCAAAUUACUUCAGCAAGAAAUCAUCCAAAUUUACUUUGCUUUGGCAAGCAGCAGGUCAUUGCAAUCAAAUUCUUGUAUGACAGAUGAUGAACUAAUAGAAUUCAUAGACCUCAUCCUGCAAAAUCUAGCAGAUUUGACGAAUGGCGAUAUGCAUGGGAAAAUUAGUGAAUCAUCUAUUUCUGCUGCUUUGAUUGCUCAAGUCCAAGCCCUUGAAGCCAAGCUAAUAUUCUUGAAAAGCUUCAUUCCAUUUGCCAAAUUGCGAGGAACUGUAUAUAUUCCUGCCUUGCUGUUGGCUCACUUUGAAGUGGUGGCUUUGAACGCAGCACGCUUCUCUCACAUGUGUUCCUUUUGGGAAGAUGAGGAACUGCACAAUCCUGAGUUCCACUCCAUGAUAUAUGAGCAACAACAGAAAAUCACACCUGUUGAUUUUCAAGUCUAUGAGAUUUAUAUGGAAGUUCUUAGAGCUACAGGAUCCUCAACAUCAUUGCAUGAUAGAAUGAUGGAUAAGCAGAUAUUAAACAACUUCAACGAUUCUCUCAUAAGUUGUCUCUGGGAGCUGUUAUGCUGCAGCUCUAGCUUUGUGGAUUCUAUGAAAGAUGAAAUGCGAAUACUCUAUGCAGGACUGAGGUUUUUGAGAAGCAUUUUAAGGGAGCAGCAGGAAAAGAUGGAUGAACAAAAUGAAAAAAUUGGUUCUCUUCUUAGUGAGGCAGGCAUUAUAAUUUACUCGCCUUCUCUAAACAGAGUGAAGGAGGGAGAAGUCAGCUUCUCAGAAUCCACAGAGGCUCUUGACUGUUAUGAUGUGCUGGCUAAUACCAACAUCCAUAUCAAGCAUUUUAAGGAUCAGAUCAGUGGCUCAAGCAUUAUUGAAAGUAUUCCUUCCUUUCACAGCUUAAGAGCACCAGAAGUUAGCAAGACUUCCCACCGCAUGCUAUCAAAAGGUAAAAUGCCAAUAGCCCAUGAAGUCAUGGUUGGUCUUGAAGACAAGGCAGCAAAAGUAAUUGAACGACUUAUAUGGGGACCAGAACAGGUGGAAAUUGUUCCCAUUGUGGGAAUGGCUGGGCUUGGUAAGACGACUUUAGCCAAAAAAGUUUACAAUGAUACUUCAGUAAUCUGUAACUUCCACAUUCGUCUUUGGUGCACUGUUUCUCAAGAAUUUAACAUGAAAAGCUUGUUAAUACAAAUUUUGUGCUCUAAUGGAAAACAGUCUAGGAUGGAUGAAGAGCUUAAAAACUUGAAUGAACAUGAAUUGCUUCACAAGCUCUAUCAAAGGCUGAAGAUGAAGAGGUAUCUUGUUGUUUUUGAUGAUGUCUGGGACAUUGGGGCAUGGCAUGAGCUGGAAAUUGCAUUCCCGGAUGACAACAAUGGAAGUAGAAUCGUCUUCACGAGUCGAUCUUCUAAUGUAGCUUCACAGGUUAAAUAUGGUGGAGAACCUCACUAUCUUCGCCCGCUCAGUGAGAAAGAAAGUUUUGAAUUACUGCAGAAGAAGGUAUUUGGAAAAGAAGAUUGUCCUCAAGCAUUGCAUGGAUUGGGAAUGGAGAUCGCCAAAAAGUGCAAGGGAUUGCCACUUGCAAUUGUUGUUGUAGCUGGAGUCCUAGCAACUGUAGAGCAUGAUAUUUGUGUUUGGGAAAAAUUUGCUGAAAGUUUAACUUCAACCACGGUGCUUGGUGCUGACCAGUGCAAGAAGUCAUUGGAGCUCAGUUAUGAGCAUUUACCAUAUCACUUGAAGGCAUGCUUCUUGUAUUUUGCUGCAUUUCGAGAAGAUGAAAAAAUUGGUGCCAAGAAUUUGAUGCGUCUCUGGAUUGCAGAAGGGUUUGUGGAAAAAUUGAAGGAAACAGUUCAGAGGUCGUUGCAGAAGAAUAUCUGAUGGACCUUAUUGGUCGAAACUUAGUUAUGGUAAGUAAAAGCAGAUCCAUUGGUGGAGUCAAAACUUGUUACAUUCAUGAUUUGAUAUUUGAGUUCUGUAAGGGCGAGGCGAAAGAAAAGAAAUUUCUUCAGGUCCUGCGAGGAUAUGAUGAGCUUUCUGCCUUUAAUGAGCCUCCCAACCCACCUCGGUUGUCCGUUUGCUCCAGUGGAGAAGAUUUUAUAAAGUCAAAGCUAUUUUGUCCAUAUGUAGGUACUCUGAUACUCUUUGAUGCUACUCCAGGAGAUGAGUUGCGUAACAUCUCCUUCCUUUUUUGCAUCUACAAAGAUCUUGAAGUUUUGAAUUUAGAGGGCAUUAACCUAAGGCUGAGGGAGCUUCCAACUGAAGUUGAAUCACUUCUUUAUUUGAGGUACUUAGCCCUUACAGCUUGGAACAUGGCACUCAUUCCACCGUCUAUAGCCAAGCUCUCACAUUUGGAAACCUUCAGUCUAAAUUCUUACGAGACGGUUUCAUUGCCAGAUAGCAUCUGGAACAUGAAGAAGUUGAGGCAUGUACAUGUAAGGCAUGGCUUUGUUAUUCCUUUCUCUUCCAAUGACCACGUUAUUGAAAACCUCUCCACUUUACCCAAUUUAGACACACUCUCCAAUCUGUAUCUUUGUGUUGAUCAAGAAGUAGAGAACAUAUUGAGAAGGAUUCCCAACGUUCGCCGACUUAAAAUUUUUGAUUGGGGGAAACAAAACAGAGUAUGCUGCAACAUGAGUCGACUAGAAUGCCUAGAGUCACUCACCUUAGGGGUCUACAACUACUUUGAUUCGCUGGAAUAUGUGGAGCUUUCUUUUCCCAUGAAUUUGAAGAAGUUGUGUCUUUUAAAUGUGGUUCUUCCCUGUAGAAAAAUGUCAUUGAUUGAACAACUACCCAAUCUUGAAGUCCUUAAAUUAAGAGCGCAGGCAAUGGACGGCCAAAAAUGGGAGCUGAUGGAGGGAGGAUUUCCUAAACUCAGGAUCUUGACGUUGGAAGAUGUAGAGGUUGUUGAGUGGACAGAGACAGACCCUGACAGCGAUGAUUACUUCCCGUGUCUUCAGCAAUUAAAACUCCACGGAAUUUAUAAAUUGGAAAUGAUGCCUGCUUGUUUAGAGCGUAUAUUUACUCUUGAAACAAUUCAGGUGGAUUAUUGGGGAGAUGGUGUCAAAUCUUUAGUACGGGAAAUUGAAGAAGCACAGACAUAUAAUGGAAAUGAGAAUCUGAAGAUCAUCAUCGUAGAUUGAAGGGCAUCAGCUGGUGCAAUAUCUGGAAGGGACUGCUACAGUAAUUUUCCCUCGAGAUUGUAAUUGGUUAUCUGUGGGAUCUAUGGCUUUCUUUGGUGUUUUUGUGGAAGAUGGAGGAAAAAGUUGUUAGGAUCGGAGGCUCUUUUCUUGUGGAAACAACGAAUGAGGCUUGUACACCGUGCACAAUUUUAUCAAUCUGCAUGGCAGCAUAAAUGCUAUUCAGAUAAUUUGCUGUUGGCGUAUUUUAUGUAAUUUCGUUUUGCUGAAUUUAGUAAUGGUUGUGUGUUAUUUCUUUUCAAACAUGUGUGAAUUUGCUGAAUUGGGACAGUGUACGAAGAUACUGCGCAAAUGGUUGGCCUUUUGCUCUCAAGAA